AUUAUUCAAUUCAUAUAAGAAAUAUAUUAACAAUCAACAGUAAGUAUUUAAACAAUACAGAGAUAGAAAUUGUCAACCACCACAAAACAAUUUAAGUGGGAACAACAGCAUGAGAAUAUCUUGCGAAAAACUUUGGAGUUUCUUAAUAAACAAGCUUUCCUAAGACCUUUUUAUCGAAAGAUAAGUCUGUUCUCACUACAGGUGCUUCUCCUAUGGGUAUAGCUGCAGUACUUGAGCAAAAUGGACAACCUGUUAUUUGUAUUUCAAGACGUCUAAGUAAGAGUGAACAAGGGUACUCAAAAACCCAGAAAGAAGCUCUAGCAGUUGUAUGGGCAAUGAGACGCUUGCACAAGUAUCUCUUUGGUACUAAGUUUCACAUAGUUAUUGACCAUCAAGCUUUGAAAUUCAUUUACAAUCCAGAAAAAUCUUUGAAUAAAUCAUCUGCUGCUAUGGUUCAAAGAUGGAGUUUAGAACUAAGUGCAUACGACUACACUACUGAACAUAGAUCGGAAAAGGAUAUACCUGAUGCAGCCUUCUUAUCUCGUUAUUCAUUAUUUGAAAAUGCUACUAAUGAUACCGAUUGCUUAUUAGUCCAGCCGUUACCGGUGGAUCGAGUUCGACUUAUAAAUGAUACUCGGAAAUAUUACGGAUGCGUUAUAAAUGCAACAAAAAGAGGUUGGAAUGUUCAGUGCAAGCGAAGAUUUCCAGACUUUUAUAAGCGAAGAGAUGAGAUUUCAGUCCAUCCUGAAGGAUUUCUAUGUCUGAAUGACAGAAUUAUUAUUCCUCAAACAUUAAGAUAUGCGAUUUUGGAUGAUCUGCAUUCUGCUCAUCUAGGAGCUGAUAAGAUGAAAUCAUUAGCACGCCUAACAUGCUGGUGGCCGGAAAUUGAUGCUGACAUUAACAAAAGAUCAAAGAGCUGUUCUAGCUGUUUACAUAAAAUGUCCUAUGGGAAGUCAUCGUGGACACCGUGGCCUGCAUCUUGUGAGGUUUGGCAGGGUAUUCAUGCAGAUCACUGUGGUCCAUACUUAAUUUCAUGUUAUGCUUUAGUUAUUGUGGAUUCUUAUUCUAGAUGGCCAGAAGUCAUCAUUACAGAUAGUCCUAAUGCCAAAUUCACUCACAGAGCGUUGAGAAAGAUUUUUAGUCGAGAAGGAAUUCCAGAUGUCUUAGUCACUGACAAUGGUACUCAUUUUACGGAGAAGAACUUCAAUGAUUGGCUCAAACAUAUAGGUUGUCGUCAUUUGUACACAGCACCACGUCAUCCUCAGUCAAACGGGUUGGCAGAAAAUUUUGUACGAACAUUAAGGAGUGCUAUAGCAUCAAUGAGUCCUCAAAAUCUUGAUGAGCUAGAGAGAUGUGUGGAUAACUUCUUACUUCAAUAUCGCAAUGCGGAGCAUACAAGUACUCAUGAAAGUCCUGCAAAACUAUUUAAAUCUCGAAUUCUCAGAAAGCAUCUGAUGUCCACGACUUCUGAUGUACAUUAUUACACAGGGAAUGAUUAUAGACCUUCUGUUGAAAUCAUACUACAAAGAAUGGGAAAUCGAACGGUGAAGAUAUUAGACAUUGAAGAUAAUUCAGUUCAUAACAGACACUUGGAUCAAGUGAGAAUAAAUGAGAUAAUUCAGAAAUAAGUCUAGAUGAUACUGAUGGAAAUAAUAUCACAGAACCAGUUAGACGAUCGAAGAGACUUGCAACCAAACCACGAUGUCAUUAUAAGUACGCAAGGAGACAUUCGACGUGUGGCGGAU